AUGGAACAAGCGUUUCGUUCCUAUCCUUACCAGCUCUUCACAUGUGUUGCGCCUGGCCUCCAAACCCUCACGGUUCUCCAGCACAACGAAAUACUCCUCCCUUUCGUCCGCGCUCCUACUUUCGCCAAUCUCCGCGAAGUUACCAUCCAUCUCGACGACGGCUUAUUCCUCCGCGACAAAUCCGACUCCAAUGCCGGUUGGCCCGAGCCAAGCGAUCCGAACAACUGGGGUGUCGGCUCACCGCCAGCCGCGGAUGAUCUCGCCGCGGACCCACCCUUUCCAGCGUUGACACGACUCCGUCUCGUAAACCCCGGGACCCCAAUGGGUGUCCGACUGUCGCUAUGGCCGCGCGUCGCCCCUCAUGUGCAAACCCUCGAGAUCAUCGCCGAAAAACAGGUCCCAUCUCAGUUGAUGGAUCAUGCUCCGGGUCCCGAAGACUUCCGCGAACUGAGACCAUGA